CUCCGCCUCAGCCGAUAAGAGUUGGUGGUGAAACUUCCCGUUGCUGAAAUGGCGACGCUGGGCAGGUUCGCUCCGGUUCUGAGGAGCUUCUUCAGGCGGUCGUGGUCCGUCCGGUUCCUCAGGAUAAGCCCCGCGGUGGGAGGCGGGCUGGUGGGCUGUCUGGUCGCCGGUGGUCUGCUUCGGUAUCAGGGGGAACCGCGCUGGAGGCUGUUAACCCGGGCUGGGUGCUCCGAGCAGCAGAAGGAUGACCCGUCUCCGGUUUCCUCCACCUCCAUGCGGCGCUUGCGUUUUAACCAGUUUGCCUCCGUGAUUUAUGAGCAGGAGCUCUAUAUGACGCCCAGAGGCUUCCUCUACUCCAUCAUGCUAGAGGACGUGGACCGUAAAUUUCAGAAGAAGCAUCUGACCAAAGCGGAAGUGGAGAAGAUGCUGGCUGUGGCCUCUAAAGCGAAGGGAGGAAGCAAUCUGUUCAGAGGAAUCGGAGACAAUGGGCUGAUCUCCUACACCGAGUACCUGUUCCUCCUCACCAUUCUCACCAAGCCACGCACAGGCUUCCACAUCGCUUUCAAAAUGCUUGACAUUGACGGCAACGAGCAGGUGGACAAAAAGGAGUUUGAGAAGCUGAAGAUCAUCAUCGGACAAAGGAAAGUUUCAAAAGAUGCAGCUGAGACUGCGGCCGCAGAGGACAGCGACGAGCCCAGCACCACACUUCAGGCCUUCUUCUUUGGCCGAAAGGGCCAAAACAAACUCCAGUACAGAGAGUUCUCUAGGUUCAUGGAGGACCUGCAGGCGGAGGUGCAGGAGAUGGAGUUCCUGCAGUUCUCUAAGGGUAUGGACACCAUGAGGAGAGAAGAUUUCGCCGAGUGGCUGCUGUACUACGCCAACGAAGAGGACAAUGAGGCGUACUUGGAAAACGUGAGGAGGAGAAUACCCACAGGAGAGAGCAUCACCUUUGAGGAGUUUAAAGCCUUCUGUCUCUUCUCCAAUAACCUGGAGGACUUUGCCUUAUCUAUGAAGAUGAUUGCUGAAGCUAACAAGCCAAUCGGAAUGGCUCAGUUUAAGAGAGCAGUGAAGAUCGCCACUGGAGAGGAACUCUCAGAGAACGUUCUGGACACAGUGUUCAAAAUUUUCGAUGUGGACGGGGACAACUGUCUGAGCCAUAAAGAGUUCAUCGGCGUGAUGAAAGACAGAGUUCUGCGGGGUCUCAGGGUUCGAUCCAACCAGGGCGUGUCCGGCUUCUGGAAGUGUGUGAAGAGAGAGACGCUAAAAGGAGCUCAGGAGGCCAUCAGCCGCAGCAGCAGGAGCCCCUUCUAAGGAGGAGUGGCCUGCUCAUAGGGGGCGGGGCCUGUGGUGUAUUAACUUUAGUUCUACAGACAUCAGUUUGAGCAUCUGUGUGAUCAGUGUCUACAGAGUAUCUGAGUAUUAGAGGCAUGUUUGUUAGACGGGAGCUGGAACUAAAUUUGUCAGGAUGGUAGAUUUUUCUUUUUUUUUCUCUCUCUCUUUUUUUUUUGGGGGGUGUAUUUGGUGCCUGUCAGUCAUAACAGUAAUUAAAAACAAAUGGGUGAGUAUUGCUGUGACGAUGCAGCCAAGAGCCAGUGUGCCAGGUGGUGAAUACCUUACAUUGGGAGUUUAUAGUGGUCUAUAGUGUUCAGUAAAGCCCAGAUUAGACGCGGCUUAAUGGACGAUUCACUGCGCAUUAAGCUUUAUUCACUAUUGCUAGCACUGCUAAAGUUUCAAAACGUGCUGUUACCUCUCAGCUCCAUACAUUCCAUAUGGAAACUAAGUGGCAAAAACAGCCUGUUUUGAAUCCAUAGUUUCUCUAAUGUUAAUAAAAGCAUUACGUUCAGCUUACAGUAGUUUAGCCUUGCCCAGGGGUCGCAACCCAAGUGUUAAGAGCCAUUUUGCCCUCUCAACAAAACUCUUAACCUCCUUGGGCUGCCACAGCAUUUUAUGUCCACUUUGCCAUCUUGGCUAUAAAUAUGUCAGUAUAUGGAGUUGUGCUCGUAUAGGCUAAAAAAAA